GUUUUCCCUCCAAAACAACAAUGUAACGAACACCAGUCACUGAUGGCCGGCAUUCAUUUUCAUUUUUCGAGUUCCAAUUUUAAACGGUAUCACACUUACUCGUACAUUAGUUUCAACUGUUUCAAACGUUUUAACAAUUAACAUUCAGUUAGAUGUUUUGUAGCACAGUUUAUUGUCAGUUAUUACUAUAAUUAAUAUUAAAUUUACUCCUCGGUCUUAACUUAGUGUAAGAAAAGGAUGUCUGCUUUUACAACUCCUCGCAAGUCUCUUCGGUUACGUAAAACUGAACCAUCGCCAUUUUUAUCAAAUCGAAAACGUGAAUUAUUCCCCGUAGACAACUGGGAUGAAGACAGCCAUGAUAUUGCUCCUUUACAAUCAUCACCUGAAGUGUAUGAUCCUGGACUUGAUUCUCCAAAUACAUCAUUUAACACGAAUUCCACUCCAAUCACUGAAUUAAGUCCUACUAUGAGUGAUAAAUUUGAAAGACUUAUGUCGGGAUCAAAGAAUGGACAUAAAUGUUCUGCAACUAUUGUCAUUGAGGAAACUCCAAAUUUUAGACGAAUUAAAAACGUUAACACAACACCCUUUGAAUCAGAGACUAACAAAGAAGCUAAGACUCCUUCCAAAAAAAACUCAAAUUUAAAUAAUAAGGCUGUAUUAGGAGUAAAAACAUUAAACUUUUAUGGCAGUAAUCAGAUAUCACUCGAAGAUCUUCGUGUUAAAAGAUUUACUCGCUUAAAUUAUAAUCCAAAGGUAAAAGCUAAACUAUUCAAAGAUACAAAAUCAACCACUAAGAAAAGACCAAGAUCAACCAGUCAAGAAAAAAAAUCUAAGGUUACUUUGUUUCCGGGUGUUAUAUUACCAUUUAAAAAAAAGUCUGCAAAUAAAAAACCAUUAAUCAAAACUGAAAUAUGUGAAGAAAAAGACGAUUUAAUUGAGACCAUUGAAGUAGUUAAGAAAAACAAUUUUGAUAUUUCUAAACCAUCUUUAAAAAAUGUUUGGACAGAAUAUAUAAAACAGGAAAAACCUGAACGUAUAAAAAUUGAAGAUUCUGAUAACCGAAAAUUUUUCAAAUCAAAAGUAAUUCAUAAUGAUUUACCUAAUAGUAAAAAAGAUAAUAGCUUUAACUUUAAAGUUGUAAACUGGGGUGAUGAAAAUAAGAUGUGCACAGUUGAUCAAUUUGAUUUCAAUAACACAGAAAUACUAGAUGAUGGUACAAUUGAACAAAUUGGACAAGAAGUUAAUGAGUUAUUAGAAUUGUUGGAUGAUGAAGAAGAUGACAAUAACGAUUCAACAGCUGUUCGUUACCCUGGUCUCUCAUCAAAUUCUACAAAAAGAAAUCACGAAGAUCAAGAUGAUGAAGAUUCAUGCAUGGAGCUAGAUCCUAAACGUUUAAAAUCAAAUAUACAAAACCACAAUAAUAUUUUAAGAUGUCAAAUGCCAGAUUUGAUUAGAGAUGCUUAUGCCAUUGAUGGAAAUUAUCAUUCAGCGUAUUCUUCAGAAAAAAAUGUUUCGAGUACUUUUGAAUCUAAUAUGGUCAUAGAUGAAUCAAUAGAUACUUCAAAUAAUUCUUCUGUAAUUUUAAAUGAAUCGCCCAAAACAAAGUUGUUCCCUAUUUUUACCAAUCAAACCCCUUCACCAAGUCAUAUUACAUGUGGAAAACCUACUACACGAAGACUAAAAAGAAUUAUUGAUGCUACUCAAUAUCAAAUUGAUGCUGGUCAAAAGAAAUUUGGUGGCUUUUUGUGCAAACAAUGUGGUCUAUAUUAUUCGAGAGGUGAACCAGAAGAUGAAGCAGAACAUGAUAAAUACCAUGCAGCUAAAGAUAUCUUUAAGUAUAAUGGUUUUAAAAAUGAAAAAGUAGUUUAUCAAGACACUACUGAGCGUAUUGUUGUUAUAUCUGGUUCAGAUUCUAAAAUGGCAUGUACAAAAGCUCUAGAAGUUAUAUCAUUCGUUGAUGUAGAGCUUGGCUUUAACACACAAAAUUCUGUUUUGCCUGCAACUAAAAAGGUUUAUUUAUACAUAAAAGAUAAACAAGUGAUUGGAUGCCUUGUAGUAGAAUUGAUAUCUGAGGCAUAUCGUAAUCUAGAAACUGAAACAGAAGACAUGGUUAUUGUUUCUGAAGAAUCAUAUCCUGUAAAAGUUGGUGUUAACCGUAUAUGGACAAAAUGGGAUUGUCGUAAUAAUGGAAUUGCUUCAAAACUCCUUGACUGUUUUCGUAAAAACUAUGCAUAUGGUCAUAUAUUGACACUUCAUGAAAUAGCAUUUACAGUACCCACACGUGCUGGAAAACAAUUUAUUAAAAAGUACACAAACAAAAAUGAUUAUUUUGUUUAUACUGGGUGGUAAUUAUGUAUUU